GGCAGUCUGAGUUUGACAGUGUUGGAUAUGAGUGAGUAGGCAUUCUUAGGACAGUCUCAGCAACACAGUAGCAGAUGGAUUUGGGGGCAAAGAAGGCAAGCUCAUCCAACAGUUGAACUAAGGAACCAAAUCUACACUGGGAACGACCAGAGGAUAUGGAAAUGCCUGGGUUUACAUCAAAAUGUCAUCCUCAAAAUGCUGCUCAACCCUCACGACCUGAUGGGCCAAGUUAUAUGCAGCCAACUCCGGUGAUGGCUGCUCCCAGCAUGCACUUUGUGCCAAUGAAUCACCAGAAUCUCCAGCCUCUUCCCCAGAGCAUUGAGACACUUGCGCAUAUCCAUGGCCAGACUAACUUUGUCCCAGAGGUGCUGCUGCCUAAUGGCAUGAACAUGCGUCCUGUUGGAUUACUGAAUGGAGAGCUUUUGUACAAAGUUACGGCUCCUCCCAACAUUGCUGCUCCCCUUCCUGCCAACGUUCCCAAGAUAAAGAAGAAAUCUAAAAAAGUGGAAGACCAAGUCACAGAGCAAACCUAUGUCAAGAAGCCACUAAAUGCCUUCAUGUUGUUCUCGAAAGAACAUAGGCAAGCAGUCAAGGCCAAGUCUGCUUCAACAAAUAUUGCUGUUAUAAAUGAGACCUUAGGAAAAAUGUGGCAUUUGCUACCUGAAAAAGAAAAAGCCAAGUAUUACGAGCUAGCUGAGGAAGAGAGGAGACUUCACGCCCAGCAGCAUCCAGAUUGGUCUUGUCGCCAUAACUAUGGCAAAAAGCGGUACAAUAAAAGGAUCAGGGACUGAGAGUUCGCAAUGUUGCCCUCUGAAGUUGAGAAAACUGAAAAAGAAUGUAUUGAACAAGACAGUGCAUCCUCGCCACUGACUUCAAGAACCAUCCCAGUGUCCCUGUCACAGCUAAUCCCACAAAUGUAAAAACAUUUUCUUGCCAUCAUUUGUAACCAUAGCUACCAUUGGUUCACUCUGAAAAGCUGAAAAAGGUUUUGUGUUGUAAUGCAAUGAACAAAACGCAAGCAAUAGCUUCAUUGAGAAGUUGUAUUUAGCACUCUGUUAUGUAUUUAUCAAAUACUGAUGACACGACACUGAGCUUAUUUAGCAAGACGUAUCUCAUCAAUUUGUAAGUACUAUUCACUGGCCCGAAACCGGGAAUUUAACUAGGAAUUUUUGCUCUGUUACUGGAAACGAAGGUCAAUAAAACUGAUCGUAGUCUUACUGA